AUUGGUUAAAAUACUAGGGCAUCUUUGACAGCCAAGGUGGUGUGUUUUUUGAUGAGGAUGUGUCCAGGCAGGAACAAGCAGUUUUUUCUAAACUGUGUUCACCAGGUGAUUCUGGGCGAUCCAGAGCAAAUCCGGAUUUUUUUGAAAAUCCGGACCUUUUCGUCAGAGUACUGUAGCUAGCUAGUAUGACUGUAGCGGUAGCUAUACCAUAGCAAGUGGCAAUCGAAGAACCUGUGUUGAGUGCCUUGUUGAUGGCAGCUGAGCUUGUAUACGAUACUACCAUAUCACAGAGACAGAGAUGACGAUUGACGAUAAGGCGUUGCUUGGUGUGAGUAUCCACUACCUCCAGACGUCCUUCUUGGAGGAAGUCACCAGUACAGAGCCAUUGAGUCGAAACUCUUCAAUCCACCAAAUCGAGGACCUUGAGAGCCAUGAAGGAGGUGUUAUUCGGCGAAAAGGAGCCGAUAGGGUUUGUCCUAUUGACGGAAAGACCGGUGCGGCCUACGUUCACUGCCUGCAGGGAAAAGAUAGUGUUGGGACUGCCGACUACAUGUUGAGCUAUUCACGGAGCUACACCAUUGGAGAUAUUGUGGACUCCCUGGUGGAUUUCUGUGCCAGAAAUCAAAUGGACCCAAAAAGAGUCUAUGUAUGGAUCUGCUGCCUUUGCAUCAACCAGCAUCGAGUGGCAGCCCAAAAACUACACUCGGGGAUGCUCCAAAGCACGCCCAUUGAUUUUCUGGGAGAGUUCCAAGGACGGGUGACAUCCAUUGGACACUUGCUUCCCCUGAUGCAGCCAUGGGAUAGGCCACAGUACAUUCAACGAACCUGGUGCAUUUUUGAGCUCUUCACCGCCCACCUGCAAGGAUGCGACGUGACAAUCGUGAUGCCACCAAGAGAAGCAUUGGCGUUGGAACAAGCAUUGUUUGGAGGAGAGGGAGAAAUCAUGAAUGUAGUGUAUGACGCACUCGCAAAGACAAGAGUAGAGGAUGCCCAAGCUUCCGUGGAGACUGAUCGACUUGCAAUACUAGAACUCAUUCAAAAAGGGCCAGGAUUUGCGGCAGUAAACCGCAAGGUCAACCAAUUGAUCCGGCUUUGGGUGCGUCAGAACAUAUCGGAGAUUGUCGACAAGAGUGAAGACAUCAGUGCCAGAAGAGGCGAUUUCCUAGCGUUUGCCAAGCGGUGCGAUCAAGCCUGCGAACUGUAUUUGGCAGCUGGGGAAUACCACUUGGCGCAAGAGGUUGCCGAGAAGGCACUCUCAAUUCAGAAUCGUCACGGUCCAAUGGAUCUCAUAACAAAGGCAAGAUAUUACCACAGCGUUGGAAAAGCAUUGAACUUCCAGGGAGACUAUGAUGGAGCCUUGGCAAACUAUCAAACAACCCUGCAAUUACGGCAAUCGGCUCUUCCUCCUCAUGAUCCUGAAAUUGCAACUGCUCACAACUUUAUCGGGGCCGUUCUGAGAUCCAAAGCAUACUACGAGGAAGCACUAGUGGAGUGUCGAAAGGCUCUGGCAAUUCGUGAGAUGGUUCUUGGGGAGGAGCACACCGAUACUGCUUACAGUUACUACUGCAUUGGAAACAUUCUAGCAGCGAAGAACGAAUACCAGGAGGCGCUUACCAUGCUGAGGAAAGGGUUGGCCAUACGGGAGCGCUUGUUGGGGGACAAUCCACAAACUGCAAGGUCACAUACCAACCUAGCCGAAGUGCUGCUCAAUAUGGGGGACUGUAAAGCCGCUGUGGUCCAGCAUGAAGCAGCAUUAAAUAUGCGGUUGGCCUUGCUGGGGCGAAGCCACCCCGACACUGCCUGGUCUUUCUAUUGCAUUGGAAAAGCUCUGGCUUCAACCGGGAACUACAAAGUUGGUCUGGAGAAUCUAACGAUGGCGCUUGCGAUUGACCAGACUGUUUUGGGUCUGGACCACCCUGAUAUUGCGACAAUUCAAAUUGAACUUGGAAAUGUUCUUGUUUGCGCGGAAGACUACGACGGGGCUUUGCCUGAGUACAAGGCAGCCCUUGAAAUACAUGAGUCAUCACUUGGAAGGAGUCAUCCUGAUUCGGCCAAAGUGCGGGGGUUAAUCGAUGAGGUCGCUGCGAAGAUUCAGCACAAGGGCCAUGUCACAUGAUGCCCUGGUCUCCACUGUACCAUACGGUUUCUGUUCAGCGAACGAGAAGACCAUAGAAACGCAAUGAUUGUACAACCAGGGAAGCGAUCCUCUUUGCUACACAGCGCACCGGGUUUCAAUAUGUUGGCGCUAGCUAGUUUGCUACCGCUGAUCGAGAUGCAGGGUUUGCAACAAGCAACUUUUGGUCAAGUUCUGCGAGUUUCUUGCUCAGAUCUAUAUCAAUAUCUAUAGUCAACCUUUUAUUUU